UGUAUAAUAUUUUUAGUUUAUUAAAAAUUUUUCAUUAUGGAGACUGUUGAUAAAUUGGAAAAAUUUAAUUUACAUAAAUCAGUAUUUAACAAUGAUAUUGAUACUCUUAAAUUACAACUUAAAUCAGGAGUAUAUGAUAUAAACCAAAAAGAUAUCUUCGGUAACACACCUCUUCAUUUGGCAGUCAUGCUAGGAUUUGUUGAAUGCGCGAAAAUUAUUACUGAGCAUAACGCAGAUACAAGCAUAAAAAACAAUGAUGGGUGGACACCGUUAGCUGAGGCUGUAAGUUAUGGAAAUCGUACCUCAAUUAAACAAGUUUUAAAGCGCGUGAAACAACAAAGUAGAAAUAGUUUCGAUGACAGGAAGCCAAAACUAGUUGAAACAUUAAAUAAGUUUGAAGAUUUUCAAUUAAAAAUCAAGUGGGAAUUUCACAGUUGGGUUCCUUUAAUCUCUCGAUUUCUUCCAUCAGACACAUGUAAUAUCUCAAAAAAAGGUUCUAACAUUAGGAUGGACACUACAUUAAUAGAAUUUACAGAUAUGAAAUGGCAUCGCGGAGAUAUUUCAUUUCUUUUUAGUGGAUCAGCUGGGAGCAGUAUCAUGGUACUUGAUAACAAGAAAAAAGUUUAUCAAAAAUUGCGUCAAAAUGAUUUAGAAACCGAGUUAAAUGAUGAAAUAGAUUUUUUAAUGUCAAGUGAUAUUGUUUCAGCACAAAUAUCGACUAAAACAAUUGAGUUUGUUCCAGCUCAAAGUGGAUGGAUUUUUAAAGAAGAUAAAAUGGAGCUUAUUGGAGAUAUGAAUUGUGAAGUUUAUAAUGUUCAGGGGAUGACAUUAACAACCCGAAAAAGACGGGAACACUUAACAGAAGAUGACUUGCAAAAAAAUAAAGCCAUGGUUGAAGCAAUAAGCAAUGGCAGUUCGAUAGUAGAAAAAUGUGAGGUAGAUAGAAGAGAGUCAUUGCCUCCUCCACCUGCUUGUCCUUUCAGCUGGGAAGAAUAUAUUAAAGCUUCUGGAAUGCCCUGUAUAGGACGAAGCCCUAAAGUUGUAGAAAAUAAAAGGACUAUGAAAGUAAAUGUCUGUAUGAAUCAGAAUUUUCCACUUACCACAGAUUUAAUACUAGGUGUUCUAAAUGUGGUUGCACCUUCUAAACAUUUUGAAAAAAUCAAAGAGUUUGUCUCAUUGAAGUUACCUACUGGUUUUCCUGUAAAAAUUGAGAUACCUGUUUUGCCAACAGUUGUUGCAAGAGUUACUUUUCAAGAUUUUAAAUGGAAAAAUGAUUUUCCUGAUGAUCUUUUCAGUAUUCCUUCUGAUUAUACGGAAGACCCUUUCCAUUUUCCUGAUCUAUAACAAUAUAUCUGGCAACAUUCUACACAACUGAUAUCUGGUAACAUUCUUCACAACUGAUAUCUGGUAACUAAAGGAACAUAGUUUUCAAUCUCUGGAUCCAGAUGAAUGUAUUUGAACAGUGAAUGAAGAUCUAUUUAUGCUAUAUAAAUCAUGAACAUUUUUCAUUGAUUCAAAUAAUAUUAGAAAAAAUAAAUUUUAUAUUUGUUCAAUAUGUAAAUAAAAAUGUUAUUGAUAAAUAUUUAGUUGUGUUGUUUGUAAAUUUUAGUAGAAAGUUUGUUUACCAAGAGUUUUAUCAAGAUAGUAUGAAAAUGACAAAGAAAUUGCAAAUAGACCAGAAAGGUUUAAAUACCUUUUAAUAAGAAAUCCAAUUUUUUUCUUUUAUUUGUUUAUGUUUUAUUACUAUAAUAAGAAAUUUUUUUUAAUUUAUGAAAUUG